AGCCGAAGCGCAUCAUCGCGAGAGUGAGGAAGUGACAGGCUGUUUGCAUGUGAAGGGAGAAGCUGCUGGGAUCCGGUAAGUCUGAUUUAAUGGCUAAAGUGGAGCUCGCCCCUUUGAGAAACUGGGAUGAUGACUUCUACCCAGGCUUAGAGCGCUUCGGCAGACCAGACCCGCGAGAUCUGGCGAAAUGGAACAACAGAGUGGUCAGCAACCUUCUGUACUAUCAAACAAACUAUCUUCUACUGGCAAUCAGUGUAUUCCUGGUUGUAGGGUUCUUGAACCCUGUGAGCAUGUUCAUGGGUGCAGCAGUGGUCACUUCUGUCUUCAUUGGCUCUGUAUGGGCAGGGGAGAACAAGGCGAUCAUCAAAAAAUUCAAGGAGGAGAACCCUGCUUUGUUUGUAUUCCUGGUGAUGGUCGUGAGCUAUUUCCUCAUCUCGCUUUUUGGUGGAGUUAUGGUGUUCCUGCUUGGAAUCCUGCUGCCUCUUAUCUUGAUCUUUGCACAUGCAUCGUUUCGCCUAAGGAACAUGAAAAACAAACUGGAGAAUAAGAUGGAGAGUGCUGGACUCAAGAAAUCACCCAUGGGAAUCGUGCUUGAAGCACUGGGUCAACAAGAAGCGAACCUCAAUAAAAUUCAAGACUUUCUGGAGAGUAAACUCAAGGAGUGAACUCUUUCGACCGUGCCUUACUGAGCUUCUCACCAAUACAAAUCAGCUGGCACAAUUUGUGAAAUUCACUCCGUUUCUUCCAACAUCUUUCAUUUGCAAAGCAAAAAAUAUUUUUCUCAGUGUGUUUUUUCUAUAAUGGAAUGAAAAAAAUUAUUGUAUUGAAAAUGAGAGUGUUUUAUUAUGUUUGUUUACAUCUCAGGUCAAAUGUAAGAGGAUGCAAUUCAGAACGUCUUCCAAAGAAUUUUUUAUGACCUAUAGGGAAAUGUGUCAUAUGUGCAUAUUUAAAUUGUUAGUAUCCUCCUCUCCCAAAAUACAUUCAUUCAUAUAUUAAGACAAUUCAAAUUAUAAUAUGACGAGAUGUCAUACUUCUACAAAAGUCACUGUGUUUAACAGCAACUGGAAACUCCUGCUGUACUUAUAAUGAACUGUAUUUCUGUGUAGCAACCCUGGUCCCGGAGGCACCCCAACACUGCACAUUUUGCAUAUCUCCUUUCUCUGACACACCGAUUUCAGAUCUUGAAGUCUCUACUAAUGAGCCGAUGACCUGAAUCAGGUGUGUUUGAUUAAGGAUGCAUGCAGAAUGUGCAGUUUUGGGGUGCCUCCAGGACCAGGGUUGGGAACCAUUGCUUUGUAGAAUUGUUUACCUCUGUUUGUUGUUAUUGAUGUGAACUGUUCUUUGAAUAUUGAUAUCUUUUAUCACAUUGCUGAUGUAGCUGUGCUGUAAAAGCAAUAUGAGGGUUUUAGAUACUCAAUUUUUUGCAUCAUGCCUAAGAUCAUCCUUUUAAUUAAUGCUCAGACUUUCAUGUCUUAUUGCUUUCUUGUCACCUAUUAGGUUAAAUAACUCAGUUGAAUUUCAUGUGGCGGUAUCAACCUUAUUUUGCAAUGUGGAGAUAAGCUUUAUUCUAUUAAUGUGCUAUUUGCAUUACAAACCAGUGUGUUUAUGAUUAUAAUAACGUAAAAUAAUAACAAAUACCAAGUGGCAUAACCGACUGAUGGGUAAAAUAACUGGAGGUGAAUGACACCGGAAGCCACACACAUUCAAGUUACAAAUGCAUUUAUGUAAAAAAAUAAAAUAAAAUAAAGGUGGAUAUUAUUCAAUCUAUGCAAAA